GCCAACAAAGACAACAGCAACAGCAACAGCAGCAACAGCAACAGCAACAGCAGCAGCCCCAGCAGCAACAGCAGCAGCAGCAGCAGCAACAGCAACAACAACAACAACAACAACAAGAAACAAAAUAUUCACCGUUUCUUCCUUUAGCCCACUUUGCUUAUAAUUGUCCAAAAUUAAAAUCUAUAACACUUGUUUCUUAUACACCUAGAACAGAUGACUCAGUUUAUGAAAUGGCCAAAUAUUUAACCUCAGGAAGUCUAGAAUCUAUCGUCCUAAAUAAUUGCUUAACUAUUCAAAGUUCUACAUUAUGUAAAUUAGCUAUAACAAAUCCACAGCUAAAACGAAUUGAAAUCAUAGGGAAUACACCUAUUAAUGAUUCAAGUCUAGCUGCUCUCGUUGAUCGAUGUGGUGCAACACUAGAGAAACUCAGUAUUGGUAACGCUCGUCAAUUAACAGAUAAAUCUAUGCAAUUUAUUGCACUAAGAUGCAAAAGGAUACGACAAAUAUGCAUAUUUAAUAAUAACACAGAACGUAUUUCUGAAGAUACCCUAACUGCUAUCGUAACUCAUUGCCCUACUUUACAAACAAUUAGUUUAAGUGACUCUCGAUGCUUAGGUUCAACUUUCUUUGAUUCUGUUGUACAACGUGUAAAUAUAGAAAUGGCAAGCAUUUAUCGGCAUCAAGCUAAAGUUGGUUCUGGUCUACAAAGGCUAUGUUUAGGAGGUGUGAAAAGAGAUAUGAUUCAAAGUCGAUAUAUGAAAGAAUUAAUAGAUAAAAGUGCAUGUGAAAAUGACGAAGAUACAAAUAUGAAUGAUGAUGACGAUAGUGAACAGGAAGUUCAAUUAUCUCAUAUUUUGGAUACAACAACAAAAUUUAGACCUAAAUCAACUGUAAUUCGAGGAAGUACUGUUUGGUGGCAAAGACGUCGUAUCCUUAUUACAAGUUCAACUUGAUAAUAAUAGAAUUUUGUCAAAUUAAAGUUCCUUAAACAUUGUAUAUAUUUAUAAGAAAAAAAAGAAGAAGAAGAAGAAGCUCUUUCCUACUUUCCUUCCUUCCUUAGCCCUUUCUCUUCUUUAUUUACCAUUACCAUUGUU